UACACACGCCAGGACAGGCAAGCUGGGACACAGGGAGAUAAGUCGCUCCAUCCCAUAGUCCAUGUCCGACCUGAAGAAGCAGAGACAUCAUAGAGGCUGUGGACUGAGCCCUGGAGAUCUCAAGACCGGCGACGAUAGUAUCGACGGAAGCGUGGGGCUCGGCAAUUGGCUUGGGUCACUCCCAUCGAAGGAGGCCAUGGCAUCGAAGGGCCUCGAGGCGAAGGUGGACAUGGCAACGUACGGCCACCAAUCUUGGGCGCUUACGAACCUCGGUGCGUGGCGGAGUCAGUCGUUAGGCGCCUCAGGGGGGGGGAAACCCGCCGAUUUUGUCAAGAGUCGACAGCGCGAGGCCAAGAGGGCGAUGUUAGGGACUGCUGCUGCUGCUGCUGCUGCUGCUGCUACUGGCCCUGGCGCAGCACCAACAAAUGCAACAGUUGUUGAGGAGGGGGCUGAUCGUCCUGUACUCAUGGUGGUCCCUGCAAAGCCGCCAGAAGAGAUGGGACGCAGCGCCAUGGUUAUCGAGUGA